UGGUGUAGAAUGGUUAGGAAUGAGGAAGAGGAAGGGGUAAAGUUAGGAAGGAGAAGGAGAUGAUGAGAAAGAAAUGAGGAUGGUUGGUAGUAGUGAACUGAAAUUCCAUAGAUGAGUGUAGAAAGAAAUGGCGCGUUAACGUUGGAUGGCUCAAAUAAAACAGGGUUUUCUCGGGCCAGGUGGUGGGUUUGACCAUUGGUUGCCUUGGAAAGAGCCCAGUCCCCCACACUGAGCCCAACUCUUAACUUCCCCACACACCCUCCUAAAUCCUUUCUUUCCACUCUCCCAUUUUACAAAUGUCCCCCUCACUCUCUGCCACUUCACACUUGUUCUCUUCUCUUUCUCCAAAACCAUAACUUCAAGUCUUCAACACAAAACAUUUCUCUUUCACUCUCUCCAACCUUACAAUACACCCCUUUCCCACCAUCUCCUUUUUCUCUUAAUGGAGGAGGCCAAAGAGGAACUCAUCACAGGGACCAGUUUCUCUCAGUUACUGUUUGGAGAUGACGAUCAUCAUCAAACUGCAUUGCCUCUUGCCGUCGACCAGGACCACUCUUGCACUUACAACCUUACCCGUUCUCCUCUUUUCUCCAUUCACAACACACCCAAAAUGCUAUGCUUCGCCAACCAUCAAAGCCAACAAGGCCUUUUGCUUCCUCAAACCAACGUAACCCCUCAGAAAUCUGUCAUCACUUCUAGUGACUCCUCUUCUGCUUCUUCCUGCAACUACACCAACACCUGCUCCAAUUCCUUACCUAAGUCCAAUAAAAAGAGAAAUGGGUUGGGAAAAGAAGCAGUGACCAAGGUGGGUGUUGGAGGGCAGAGACAACCUAAGAAGACCAAAGCAGAGAACCCCACUUCAACCGGACAUGCAAAGAGGAAGGAGAAGCUCGGGGAACGAAUCGCAGCGUUACAACAACUUGUUUCUCCCUUUGGCAAGACAGAUACAGCAUCGGUGCUUCACGAGGCCAUGGGCUAUAUAAGAUUUCUACAUGAUCAAGUUCAGGUUCUGUGCUCUCCUUACCUGCAAAGUUUGCCUUCCUCGUACCAUCAAAAUCACCAUGGGGACGGAGAUAACAAUGAAGAGGAAGUGAGGAAGGAUUUGAGGAGCAGGGGACUGUGCUUGAUCCCUGUGGGGUGCACCAUACACGUGGCCGGUAGCAAUGGUGCUGAUUUUUGGUCACCUGCUGCAAUAGGGAGCAAUGUUUCACCAUCAGCCAAGCCAAGCAGUGAAACAAAACCAAUGAAUCCUUUUCAAAAUUUGUAGCCUUUUGGGAAAUGGGUUCCUAUGUCUGCCCAAUUUGGACUUGUACCUAAUAUGAGACCUUAUCCGGAGAUGGAUGGGUGAGGAGGGAAACUCCAUGAAAUGGCAAAGAGGGAUAACAAUUAACAAGAGUGGUUCAAACUUCACACAUGGGGUUCAAAUCAGAGGUCAUGAUUUUGUCCUUAAUUAUGUAACAUCUUUUUUUGGGGGUCCUUUUCUCAGGACAUCUAUAUCUAUAUAUCAAUAUUCUAUAGAAGAAAGGAAGCAAAUAUUUUAUGUAGGAUUUAGGGAUGUGUGGCCUUGAACCCUGAACUAGCUAGGAGUCUAGGAUUCCACAUAUUUUUAUUAUUAUAUCUUCUGUCUAUGUAAAAUUCGGUAGGCAAGGCAAUUAAUUAAGUUGUUCCAUAUAUUUUUAAUAUCCAGAGGCAAUGUUUUAGCAAGGAAAACAAUACAAUAAUCAAGUCUUGACAGUAUUAAAAUUUCACAAUAGCAUAUGCAGAAUAUUCAACUAUACAUAUGACCAUUGAAAUAAUUGUAUUAUGAUAUUUUUAUUACUGGUGUCGUCACGUGUGACGGGAUAUGCUGUGGUUAUUGUUUGGAGUCUUGUACGCAAUAAUAGUGGUGCAAGAUCAGUAACUGUUGGUGCAACAUCCGAAUACGCGUGUGAUAUUGUGGAACCAUUUAAAAGCUCUUGUAAUAAGGUGAUCGCGACUUCAUUGAUAAGAAUGUGACAUG